GCUUUUUCUGUAUUGCAAGUGUAAUGGGGAUAGAAGUUACAGAUAUCUGCAUGGACAAGGAAUCAGAAUGUGUCACAAAUUACUCAGAAGGUCUUUCUCAUGAUUCAAAUCAUGAGAGAAUCCCCAGUGAUCACGUGAUUUCAGAGUCAUAUGAGCAUAUUAAUGGGGAUCGUGAACAACAAAAUUUGGAAGAAAGUCUUGAAGUAAAGGAGUAUGAAGUGAAAGAAUGUACUACAGAAAACUCUGUUGAUGUUUCUCAACUGAGUCUUAUUGAAAAAUUUAGUGAGGAUCAGAAUGUAGUAAGGUCGAACUCUGAUAAUGACCAGCCUUUGAAUAAGGUUCAACUGGAUUCUGGGAAAACAAAGGUUAGUAGUAAGUCACUAGCAUCUGCAAAACGUGUAUCUAAACCUGCUGCGGGAAAUGCUAGAACAAAACACACUGUUCCACAGCCAUUUACCUUAGCGACUGAAAAGCGUGCUUCAUGUGGAACUCGUCCAGUCAGUGCUGUACUUAAUGGUGCCAAUAAAUUACCCAACACAAGUGAUCUGCGUCAUCUUAAUACCACAAAGCAUAACCAGCCAAUAUCAACUUUGGUACCAAGGAUGCCAAUGCAACCAGAUAAGAAGAAGCAUUCUGAUGAGGAAGAUUCCUGUUCUGUUGCUUCCACCACAGUAGCAUCUGCACGAACUACUAGGUCAAGAGCAAUUGUUGCAUCAGCUCCAACGUUUAGAUGCACUGAGCGUGCGGAGAAAAGGAAGGAGUUUUAUUCAAGGUUAGAGGAGAAGCACCAAGCAUUGGAGGUGCAAAAAACUGAAAGCGAUGCAAGGACCAAGGAAGAGAAGGAGGCGGCUAUCAAGCAACUGAGAAAGAGUUUAACAUUUAAGGCAAACCCGAUGCCAAGCUUCUAUCACGAGGGACCUCCACCUAAAACUGAACUUAAAAAGCUGCCACCAACUCGUGCAAAGUCACCAAAGCUUGGCCGGAGGAUGAGCUGCAGUGAAACAGUCAAAGUAUCUCGAGGAGACAGAAUGAAAGGAAAUCGUCACAGUAUGGGUAGUUACAAAAAAGACACCACUUAUGCUGGUUCCCUGAAAAGUGAGGGUCAGAUCAACAUCCAAAAUGGUAAUGCCGUUUGCGAGUUCAUUGAUGAGACAAAGAAAGUGGACGAGAUAAACAAGUUUGUUCCGGCAAACCUAAAUGGACAGCACAUGGACAUGUAUGUUCAAUCUUGAUUUUCUGGUGAGUGUCGUAAUUUACAAGAGGAAACGAGUCUUCACUUUCUGUCUCAAUCUUGUGACUUGCUCUGAAGUAUGUGCAUGUUUUGUUUCUGUAACUUGCAGUGACUUGUUGCAUUGUUUGUGUGUAAUUUAUGAACUGUACACAUCUUCUGUAAUUUAUAUCCACUCGUGUAUAUGAAGAGUUAUUUAUUCACCAAGAAUACUGCUUGUACUCUUGUCUGAAUAAUCUAAUUAUGUUGGAGAUCAA